AGCUGCUCCCACAGAGUUCUUUGACAUAGAUGUCUUUGCUUGUGUUCCUCAAAAUUGCAAGAAAUUGUAAUAAAAAUGGAUCCAGCUGAAUCAGGCUGGUAAGAAACUGAAGGGAUUGAAGAAGAGCAGCCUGAACUCCGUCCUGCCAGCUGCUGCUGGUAAUAAAUACAGCAAUGAAGUCUGCUUCUGUGAAGAAGAGGUUGGACUUUAUCUGUAGAGACCUGGGAGGGCCCCUCAGACAGACCAACCGACUGACCAAGAUGCUUUUAGAAGGUGUAAAUCUGUCCAAGCAGCUUUGGAGGGGCCUGAAGUUUUGAAUGGAGAAGGGAGAAGAAGGGAAAGCGCUUGGGUGGGCUGAGGCAGAGCCCGGGUCUUCCCUGCCUCUCCCACCCCUCCCUGCCCUCCCCUGCCCACAUGGCUUGCAAGCAAGAGGUCACCGAUGGCUGGAUGUGCCCGUCUGUCUGCAAUGCCAAGGAGACAAGCUUAUGGGCACUAGAAGAGAGAGUAACCUGUCUAUGAUUGGGGUGUCCGUGCACUGCAUAGGAGCUACGGUGUCUGUGCAAAAGACAGGAGGCUGUCAUGGGGAAGAAAAAGAAAUGUGCUUUACAAGUCAUCAUGGAACAUGCCGGAAUAGAGAUUGAUGGACAAGUCGAAAGUGACACAGAGAGUGAAGAAGAUGAUGUAAAGGACAAGACACCUAAGAAACAGCCCCUCAGGGAAACCGGCAGAGCAAGCAGACUUGAAAGGAAAAAGCAAGAGAAAGACAAAGAAGAUGAGAGCAUAGAGGAAGACAGCUGUAGCCAACAAAACAGAGCUUCUAGGAGAAAAAACUACCAAAGAAAAAACAGUGAUGGAAAAAAGGCAGGAGAGGAAGGAAGCCAGCAGAGAGAGAGAGGCAAAAAGGCUCCUACCAAAGAUCAAAAGGAGUCAGAAAACAAAGAAAAGAAAACAAACAAGAAAGCGAAGGAGGGGGAGAACAAACAGAAGAAAGGCAGGAGAAACAGUACUACUUCUGCUUCUUCCAACUCAUCCGACGAGGAGUCACUGUCAGAGGAAGAGCUCGCGAUGCUGAUGGAGCAAGUGGAGCAAAAGAAAAAACUGAUUUCCACCAUGAGGAACAAGCCCUGGAGGAUGGUGAAGAAGCUCUCAGUGCUCAGGGAGGCGCAAGCUUUUGUAGAGAAGUUUGAAGGAGCUCUGGGAAAAGGGAAGGGCAAAAAGUUCUACGCGUAUAAGAUGAUGAUGGCAAAGAAAUGGGUGAAAUUUAAGAGAGACUUUGACAAUUUUAAAACCCAGUGCAUACCCUGGGAGAUGAAGAUAAAAGAAGUGGAGAGUCACUUUGGCUCCUCAGUUGCUUCCUACUUCAUAUUUCUGCGGUGGAUGUAUGGAAUGAAUCUUGUCCUUUUUGGGUUAAUAUUUGGACUGGUUAUAAUUCCGGAGGUCCUGAUGGGAAUGCCAUAUGGGAGCAUGCCAAGGAAAACUGUACCCCGGGCUGAACAAGCAACAGCUAUGGAUUUUUCAGUACUUUGGGAUUUUGAGGGCUACAUCAAAUACUCGGCGCUCUUUUAUGGCUACUACAACAACCAGCGGACCAUCGGCUGGUUAAAAUACAGGCUACCGAUGGCAUAUUUCAUGGUUGGGAUCAGCGUAUUCGGUUACAGCCUGAUGGUUGUUAUAAGAUCGAUGGCACGCAAUGCCAAUGAAAGUACAGCAGACGGAGAUGAUGACAACUUCAUUUUCAGCUGGAAAAUGUUCACCAGCUGGGACUACCUCAUUGGCAACCCAGAGACAGCGGACAACAAGUUUGCAUCCAUCACCACCAGCUUCAAGGAGUCUAUCGUAGACGAGCAAGAAAGCAACAAGGAUGAGAACAUCCACCUGAGGAGGUUCCUGCGGGUUUUGGCCAACGUCCUCAUCAUAUGCUGCUUGUGUGGGAGUGGCUACCUCAUUUAUUUUGUGGUGAAACGCUCCCAGACGUUUUCCAAAAUGCAAAAUGUUGGGUGGUAUGAAAGAAAUGAGGUUGAAAUUGUAAUGUCCUUGCUGGGCAUGUUUUGCCCUCCACUGUUUGAAACCAUUGCUGCGCUAGAAAAUUACCAUCCCCGCAUCGGGCUGAAAUGGCAGCUGGGGCGGAUCUUCGCACUCUUCCUUGGGAACCUCUACACGUUUUUGUUGGCCUUGAUGGAUGAUGUCAACGAAAAACUGGCUGAAGAGGACGUGGUGAAGAACGUCACGCACUGGACACUGCUUGGCCACCACAACUCGUCCGCAGGGAACAGCAGCACAGCCACCCCACCUCCCCUUGAUCCUGCAGACGUGCCCAGGGGACCCUGCUGGGAGACAACCGUUGGCAUUGAAUUCGUAAGGCUUACCGUGUCUGAUAUCCUGGUUACCUACAUAACCAUCCUGGUGGGAGAUUUCAUCCGAGCUUGCUUCGUUAGAUUUGUGAAUUACUGUUGGUGCUGGGACCUAGAGGCUGGAUUUCCAUCCUAUGCUGAGUUUGACAUUAGCGGCAACGUUUUGGGUUUGAUCUUCAACCAGGGAAUGAUUUGGAUGGGAUCCUUUUACGCACCAGGGCUUGUGGGUAUAAACGUGCUGCGCUUGUUAACCUCCAUGUAUUUUCAGUGCUGGGCUGUUAUGAGUAGCAACGUCCCUCAUGAACGAGUCUUCAAAGCAUCCAAGUCUAAUAAUUUUUACAUGGGACUUUUGCUUUUGAUCCUGUUUCUCAGCCUCCUGCCUGUGGCUUACACAAUCAUGUCCUUGCCUCCCUCCUUUGACUGCGGACCAUUCAGUGGAAAGAAAAGGAUGUAUGAAGUCAUUCAAGAGACCAUCGAGCUUGAUUUCCCACUUUUUGUUGCCAAGAUCUUCAGCUAUGUGGCAAAUCCAGGACUGAUCAUACCUGCAAUUCUGCUCAUGGUCCUCGCCAUCUAUUACCUAAACGCUGUGGCUGAAGCAUACCAGCACGCCAAUGCAGAGCUGAAGAAGAAAAUGCAAAUGCAACGUGAAGAGGAGAAAAACAAGAGAAACAACAAAGCCAGCACUAACCCCAUGCUGCAAGAUCUGGAGGAUUUACUUACACCAAGUGCAAAGAGUGAAAGUCACCCCAAACAAGCAGAAGACGAGAAAAGAGAGUCUCCUAAUAGAACCAGCCCUGUCGGGAAAGGAGGCAAAGCAGCAGCCCCGGACGGCAGCCCCAUGACUGCUGGGAGAGGAGCAGCAUUCACCCUGCCACCGCACGUGUUUGUGACACAGCCACCAAGCCUGGGUGUCCGGGCACCUUACCCUGGCCAGCCCAGGCCAAGGGGGCACCCACCGGGACCAGUCCCUGGAAGGGGUAGAGGGCAGCCACGCUACUCACGUGCUGCUCAAUAAGCUCAGCAAUGUUUCUCCUGUUUGACGUUAAAAUAGAGGUGCUGCGUGAACUAUAGUAGUUUUAGUAAGAAAUUAUUACUGUACGUUGGUCAUCUACUCAUGAUGGUCUGUACCUAUCCAACACUGACUAUCUGAGCCAGCUUUGUUUAGAAGCUUAGUAGUGCUUUGGAGUUGUAACCCCCAAUGGCUGCGCUGAUUUUAAUCACAAAGGAAAUAGGAGGCGGUCAGGAUGAAAAUCAGCCGUAGCAUCGCUAAACUACUACAUACAGGACAGAGCCCCAUGGCCACUAACAGCAGCACGGUGAGCUCGCUCUGUGGCAUGAGUGCUUGCCAGUUCCUUCAAAGGCUUCUUCAGUUAAUAAAAGUAGUGUGAGUUUACCUGUCAUUUCAGCAAAGGGGUUUGGGGGUUUUUUUUCUGUCCCUCUACAUGAGGAAUUAAGUAUUCUUUUAAAAAGUGAGUGUCCCUGUCCAGCUGCACGGCAGCUGCUACCCAGAGUAGAGGACUCCUACUAGACCAGCAUAGGAAGAGGUUUUGUCCGCCACGUUUUGUCGUUUGUGAUAGCUUUCCUCCAGUCUACCUCCUCCAAACUUUCAUCUUUUUGUUUCAACCCCGCUGUGUGUACCACCACCACUUUCUCUGGGUUCCUGCUCUGCUCCUCUUUUCAUAGUCUAUCAGUAGUAGCUUGCACCAUUAUUUCAAUCCCUAGAUACAACUCCUAAUUUAGUAACACCACCCAGGACAACUGAGAGACUAAAAGUGUUUUGGCCUAAUUUCCAAUUAUAACCAGUUAGAAAUUUCUGGUGCAAUUUAAGGAUCAUAUCUUCCAGAUCUACAGGACUUCUCAGGACUCCAUGGCAGGGCUUCUCUGAGUUGACCUGCUCUUCAACACCUACAGUUUCUUCCUGUUGUUGACACAAACCCAUUCUGGCCACCUUUGAUCUGGUGUUUACACGUGUGUUGUUGUUCUUCAUAAAAAUUUCUGUAAAAAAUAAACUCAUGUUCUUCAGUAAAAACAAAACCAUAAAUAUAGCUAGUUACAAUUCCACUACAGUUGGGAUAUUUGGGAUUAAAGGUUCUCACCUUGAA